AUGGUAUACACGAGCCUUUUCUAUCGCGACUCCUCCGCCAGCCCCAGAAAUGUCUUCUUCUCCGGAAACCGCUUGGCGUUUGUCGCGCGACGAGGCAAAACCACAUGGAUCAGCAACCGCGAGUCGCAUGCUGCACACUACAUGGACAAGCGGGCCAGUGCGGUCAUGAUGGCGUACCUGCUAUUGUGCAAGCCGCUGGAGGAGCUGUUUGCUGAUGACUUGCAAGAUCGAGACGAAUUGAUCACGUCUUCGGCAAUAGAUCCCAAUUCCCUGACGGAAGAAGAGCAAGAUGAGCUCGAGGCCGACGCGAUGAAGGUCGAAGAUUCAAUCGAGCCAGACACUGUUGGCUCUGUUGACGACCAGCACGACGAUCUACGAGCGGCCAAGCGUGUCGCACAGGAGGGCACGUAUGAGCUGAUGUUCAACAUUGCGCCAAUGCAGCUCGAAAAACAGCUUCGGCCAGGCCAAGUCUACCGAACCAUCCAGGCCGUGACCAAGCGGUUUCUUGGAACCAGCAUCACUGUCAGCGCAUGGCGGCACAUGAGUGUGGCUUGGCUGCGUACACUGGUGUUGCAUCAUACGCCCGAGCCUUCAUUGGGGGCGUUGAAUGUGGCACACUCUCAAAGCCAGCAUGCAGGCAGGACGGCACGCAACGUCUAUGGCCGCACGCAGCUCGAUCACAAGUUUGUGUCCAGUGAAGCGCAGUACGGCCAUCAGUUUGUGUCUGAAGAAUGGCACAAGCUCAUGAAGCUGGUAGAUGUAGAGGAUCAGAUCCAAGCCGAGGCCGUGGAUGGACAGACCUGCGUGCAACAAGUGGUUCAUAAACAGGUGGUCAUCCAGUCGUCUCGGGUCAGGAACGCCAGCACACAGGUGCAAGCGACCGUGGGCACGCAAACAGAUCUCGAGGUUGAAGCCUGCCUUGAUGCUGAGGACGACAUUGACGAUAUCAUUGCCGGGUUGGAUUUAGACGAAGUCGAGGCAGCCGAAUCGUCCAUGCCAGUUGCCGUGCCGCGAGCCGUGGAAGAGGCUGCGUCGACGGCCUUGCAGCAAGAGCCAAGUCAGCACAAUGACCAAACGCAGCAAGAAGAGUAUGAGGAUCAGCUUUGGCUGGCUCAAUGUCCACGCAGGGUCGUGGUGUGGGUAGUCCCGCUUCGUGAGCUUGCCAGAGACUUGUGCCGCCGCUUCGAGCAGGCUGACAUUGUAUCGCAGUGGGCUAAGAAUGAUGGCCGUGACAUGCAAGUCAACGUUCAAGUGAUUGUCAUGACGGUUGACUUUUUGGUUGGCCAUGGGAUGAGGUGGGUGCAAACACUCGUGCAGCAGAAGCGUCUGGCCAUGCUGGUGAUGGACGAAGUUCACACAAUGCUCGUGGACACCAGCUAUCGAGACAGUCUUGUUCGCUGCCCAAGCCGGCUGGACCAUCUUCGCCAAGACCCAUCUGUCAAGUGUGUGGGCCUGACUGGCACGCUUUGCCCCAAAGAUGAGCGGGCUCUGCUCCAACAGCUGGAUUGCACGGAGGACGCUUCGUACCAGACCUUUCGUAUGCCAACCAUGCGAACCGAUCUUCGGCUAGCGGUGCAACAAGGAACAACAAAGGCAUUUGAGAUGUUUGUGGAACGCCACUACGACCUGUUGGAGCAAGAGGGCCGCGUGGAUCGCAUGUUGAUUUUUUGUGACACGAAGAAGCAG